AUGGCGGCACCCACCCCAGAACCUCCCUUCGGCCUCCUCCCCGCCGGCCACCCCCUCAUAACGACCCCUUCCUCAACCCCAACACCAACCUCUUUCCUCUACGCGAUCCCCUCCGCCACGCCCGCAAACCCCAAACCCUUCUCCCACCUCGCCGUUUUCCUCCUCCCCGGCGUGGUCCUACCCGCCGACACCGCCGCCGCCAUCUACGUAGCCACAAACCCCGCCGCCCUCGCCGCCGGCACCGAAGAGCCCAAUUUCCGCUUUCUGGGCGGCGUGGGACCGGGUAAGGAGAGCGCUGUGUUCAAGCUUGGAGGAGGCGGAGAAGGGGUGGUGAUAGGCAUCAGUAUUGAGGAGGGGGCUAGCGUGGGGAGGAGGAUAGAGGAGGUACAUGGCAGUGGAAAUGGGUACAGUAAUAACAGCGGACAAAUAGUGAAAGCAGGAACGACGGACCCGCCAUCGACGUUGGUGUUGGCGCAAAGGAUUAUCAAGAACGCGUUCAAUUUCCUCGCGAGCUUUAGUGGGCAGGCCGGGCAGGUCGAGGUCGUGCCGCUGAAGGCGUUUGAGGAAUGGUGGAAGAAGUUUGAGGGGAGAUUGAGGAGUGAUCCAACUUUCUUGGAGAGAGCUCAGGAGGAGUGA